GAACACAGAGGUCCUUCGUAGUCGGACACAAGAAAAUGGCGGACAGUGCUACGGCGAAAGGGCAGGGACGUUCCAAGAGAUGAGACUUGCUAUCCAAUCAGCAUGUGAUUUAACAAUUACCAAAAAUCCUUUACAUUGUUAAAUUAUUCGUAUAAUUAUUAAUUGAUUGCCCAGGGGAAGAAUUCAUUCAAGUUCUCCUGUUUUUAUACCACCAGAGUUGUUCCAUUCAUUGUGUUAUUUUGUUUCAUCAAGUGCGUUAAAGGUGUUGGACUUGGCAUACUCGCCAUAGAGAACAAUAUAAUCACUCCUCCCAAGUGUUUGUGACAUGUAGACAAUUUCCACUAGGACAUUGACAAGUGAACAAACAAUUCCAGAAUAAAUUUCACUGACUCCGGCAUCAAUAUAUAAACCUGGCAAUGUCAAUCAGAUAGUUUAAAUUCAAUGAAUAGAAUUAAACGUUUGGCUAAUCAACAAUAUAAUCCAUAAUCAAAGAUGUGAACUCCGGGUGGUAGUACGUAAUGAAGCCACAAAAGAAGGCUACUGUUGCGCAAAAGGCGCCAAAGUCGCCAUCGGUUGCCAACAAGCGCCGUCCUUUAAACGAUAAAUUAUCCACUGAUACAAAAAAAGAUAUUAAAAAAUUGAGAAGAAUCGACAAAACCGACGAGCUUAAGAGGAAAUUGGAAUACGACAAGAAAAAACUAGAAAAGAAGAAAUUAAUUGAGGAAGGGAAAAAAAUGGAGGACUCUAAGAAGAGAGAUAAAUCUGAUAAACUUGACACUAAAAAGUUGCUCAAGGAUGCGGAUAAGAGGAUCGAAAGCUACGAGGAUAAGAGAAUUGAAAAAACAUUGGAGAAUGUUGAAGACUCUUGUCCAGAGUCAAAUUUGAUCUGUUUAGAAAAACGAAAAAAUCUUAAAUUGGAAGAGAAGCAAAGAGGGGAAAAACAAAACGUAGACAUAAAGAAGAAAUUUGAAGAGAAAAAGAGAUUAUUGAAGGGGAUUGAAAUUAGCGAGUCUGAGCCAAUAUUAACUUCUCCAUUGCCCAAUGAAUCUAAGCUAGACGAUAAAAUUCAGAUUCCACUGACGAAGAAAAAAAUUAAAGAUGAUAAAAAGAAGGAUGUUAAAACAAUAAAGCUCGAAACAGCUAAAGACCUCAAGACCAAUACUCCCACCAAAGACAACAAACUAGAGAAGAAAUCAUCGGACGUUGCGAAAAAAAUUAAAUCAGUCAUUCAGAAAAAAGCUUCAAAACCAUCUCAAAAGAAAAACUCAACUAAAAAAACAGUUGUAGCCAAAAAAUGUCCAUUAGCCAAGAAGCUGAUUGAAAAGAAAAUGAAACUAGUCAAAACCAUUUCAAUGAAGGAAGACAGUUCCUCUCCUUCUGAAGAAAAUGAAAUUAUUAUUAAUCCAAAGAAGAAGUGUCUUCUGGAAAAAUCAAAUAUUGCUUGCGUGAAAAAAGCAAAAUUGGCAAAACAAUUGAAAGCAAAACUUGCUCCAAAGAAUGUGAAGAUUAUAAAGAAGGAAAAAUUACGGAAGAUAACGGAUAAAGUUGUGAAGAAAGGAUUAGAUAUGAAAGAAUUGGAAAAAUUGUCGGAUUGUAAAAAAAUGUCAAAGGAGGUAUCAUCGAGUGUCGAAGGAUUGAAGCAAGAACUCUCGGACAAACUCGAUGAGGAGGAAAAUUUCAAGUCUUCAGAAAUUAACAAAUCUCAAAAAUUAACAACCAAAUUAAAGCCUAAAAGAGCACCUCGAAAAUCUGUAAAAUCAUCAGUGAAAUGUUCAGAGAGGGAGCAAGAGGAUCAAGUAACUACCAAAACAGAAAAUAUUUCACCAAAAUCUCCCUUGUCAAAUUCAAUGAAAAAUAUUGCUGAAAAUCAACAAGGAAUAGAUCUAAAAAUUGAAGUAAUGGCAAAUACAUCAAGCAGCGACAGUCCACCUUCUUCAAGUGAUUCUGAUCACGACUAUGUUGAUACAUCGCAACGACGAAAGAAAAAUAAAAGUAAAAGUAACAAUAAUAAGAAAAGGGAGGAAGAUGAGGAAAGUCUUGAUAAUUCUUCGAACGAUGAAAGAGCAAGACGAAUGCGAUUAUUUGGAUUUUGGAGUGGGCCGAAACGCCAUCGUGUCGCAUCAUUGAAUGCACUGGCAAAGGUUCACUGCCUCUAUGAAAAUGAAGCUGGUGGCGUUUACCUGGGGGGUUUUUGCAAGCCAAAACCAGAAAAAGACACCAAAUCAAAGAAAACAACAGCUAAAGAAGAGAAGGAAGAGUCUUCUGGGCGAAAAGAGAAGGAUAAGAAAGCUGAUGGCUCCAACAACACAUCCAAGAGAAACUUGAGAAAUGUUCCAGGUUUAAGAGGGAAACACUGGGACAUGAUGGAGUGCUCCUCUUCCUCCUCGUCAUCCUCUGAGGAUGAAUCUGGUCAGAGGAAUGAGAGAAACGUUAAACGUGGUGGAAGGAAAAAAAAUACACCGAGAAAAAAAAAGAGCGAAGAGGUGAUGGAUCUCAAGGAUAUGGUUGUAUGUAAGAGAAUGGCUAGUUUAAAUGCAUCAGCUAUAUUAGCAGCCUCUUAUUCCGAUGAGAAAAAUAGACAGAGUAGUUCGGAAGAAACUGAAAGUGAAUCUAGUGAAGUGGAGGUUAUUAAGAGACGAAAACAAAUUGAUAAUGAUGGAGAUAAGAAAAAAGCUCGACUGGGUAACGAUGACGAUGUUCUCAAACCGGCAAAGAAGGUGGUUGUUCUGAAUCAGGAUACAGAUGUUACUAUAACGGGUGUCUAUGUUAAUCAAACCCGCUCAACUCACCACGAGGGUUUCUGCAGUAUUGCCGGAAUGCAAUAUAGGAUCAGUUCGACCAGUCACACACAAACGGCUGCAACUGCCGUUGCCACUGAACUUCAUGAACAGAAAGUCGAACAGCCCUGCAAGUCUUACACACCCCUUGGAGCCCUGUCAUCAAUGCAACCACCAGGAAGCCAGGCCAAUCAUGCAGAGAUGUCUCCUCGAAGACACUCCGCAUUUAGUGCUCCCCAUCAGCACGGAUACUAUCAGCCGGCUGGUCCACUAAUACAACAUCCUCCAACGUUACCACCUAUCAAAGCACCACCGCCAGAGCCAACACCUACGCCACCCCAAAAUUCGGAAGGCUCUGAUGAUCUUAUUGCAACGUCAACCACUUCCGGUGGAACCAACAGCACAGUAGCUGGUGGUUUCUAUCGAGCCUAUUGCCCUCAAUAUUAUGGGACACCUCCCCAGUAUCAAGAACUAUGUUAUCCACCGACAUAUCCGCAUCCGCAUUCGCAUCCACCGCCUUACUACAAAUACGCACCGGCGUAUAGAAGGCAAUAUUACGGAUAUGGUGAUAGUGGUGUUGUUGUUGGUGGUGGUGGUGGUAUUGGUGUUGGUGGUGGUGGUGGUGGUGGCGGCGGCGGUGGUAUUGGUAUUGGAGGUGUUGGUGGAGGUGGAGGUGGUGGUGGUUCAGGAGGUUCAGCGGUGGAAUAUCAGCCACCACCUCCACCACCCCCAGGGGAAUAUCCAAUGCCUCCAUACUACAGCGCAUAUCCUCCUCCACCACCGCCACUGCCACCCCCUCCACCCAAUCCUGCAUACCUCCAUGGCCAAGGUCGUGCCAUUGUCGACCAUGCGACAUUUCAGGGCUGCCCAUGCCCCAUGCAAUCAUGUCCAAAAAACGUGGAUACUGGACCCCUUAUUGGUAAUGGUAAGGGGGCGCCAGUGGCAUCUGGGCCAGGUCUGUCAUUGCCACCCAGUGCAUUGGUAGGUCCGCCAUCACCAGCGAGGGGACUUGCUGGUUUAGCUCCACCUCACGGCGCCAAUGCAUGGGAUACAGAUCGUGUCCAACUAAACACGCAUCGCAACCCAAAUCAAAACCAAUCAAACUCCAUUUCUAAAAUUCAACAUCAUGAUCAAUGCAAUAAUAAAAAUGAGGAGAAACUUGAGCAUGAUAAAGAUGAGAAGAAGAAGAAAAAGAAUAAGAAGCAGCACCAGGAGGAGCAGGAGGAUAAAAAUUGUCAGAGAUGCUUGUGUCAAAAAGGCGUUUGUACAUCUGCCUGUGAAGUUGUGAAGAAAGAAAAAUUAUCACCAUCCGAACAAGUCCAACCAUUGCAAACAACAAAUCUAUCAGAAAAUCUUGAUGGAUUUAAGGUUGAAAAUAACAAUGUUAAGUGCGAGUCCUGUAGUGUUGGUGUAAACAAAAAUAUAUCUUGUACAGCGAACUGUAAUGUUGAAUGUGAGAAUAAUUACAGGUGUGAUAUCAUCAAGUGCGAACAGUGUAUUAAAGAGGGGCAAAUAGCAAUCCUUGAAAUGGACAAAGACUCGGGAAUUCUUCUCAUUGACGACAAGCUCGAUGAAAAUUGUGUAAAGGAAGAGAUUGAUGAAAUUGCGGAAAUUGCCGAUUGGGAAAAGCCCGAUUAUGAAGCGACUGUUGUUAAUGAGUCAGUUGGAGAUGAAGAGAGAAAAAUUAUAACUCAAGAAUCAAAGUGUCAGAAAUUGACCAAGAGAAAAUUGUCACUGGACAGCUUGUCUGACAGUUGGAAAAAUAAAAAAGUUGACAAGAGAACACUCUCAGUGGGAUCAACGAGAGAUAAUGAAGAAGACAAACUUCUCAAUCCUAUGAAUGGUAGAUAUGUUGAUGUUAAAGCAACAGGGAAAAAGAAGAACAGUCAAGUGAAGAGAAAAGCUGAAGAGAUUAAUCCAUUGGAGGCCAAUAGCAAAAAAAUGAGAAGCAAGCAAAAUUCUACUCUGAAUUGCUUGAAAAAAUCAGCUAGCGAGAGUUCUAUUAUGGAGACCAUUGAUAAUGUCAUUCAACAGAGUCUUCAGAUGACCAGUAAGAAAAAGGAUUGUAAAGUGAAGAGCAGGGAAAGUGGAAGUGCUGUUAAGAGAAAGACGGUCAACAUUUUGUCGAUGAUAAAAAAAGUUCCCAAGGCAAUAGUCAAGGCUGUUGUCACUGAUGAAAUUAGCCUCAAGACUGAGAUAAAAAUCCCAAAAGAGGUGAAAAUAAAUAAAAUUGAAUCAAAAAUUGUCAAAAUGAAGAAUGCGGAGAAUAAACCCAAAAUUGGCAAAGUUCAUAAUAAUAAAAUCAAUCAACUGAGCAGAGCAAGUGAAUGUAAAAAAACCGAUGAGAUGUGUGAGGAGGUUACAAAGACUCUAACUGCCUUACCCAGAAAGAAGAGGAAUAAUAAUAACAAAAGUACAAAAAAAGCAGGAAGCUGCAAGAAAUUAGGCAAGACUGAAGAGAAUAUUGUAACUAGUGAGAAUUGUAUUCUCGUUAGGAGGCCAUUUCUUAAACCCAAGUGGAGUAAUGGAUGGAGUUGGGAGGGAGAUUCGUAUGAAGCCAAAGUUUAUUUAACAAAUGAAAAAUCAGCGAUUCGUACAUGUUACGCAGCAAUGAGACACAUAAGUGGGGAUGUCUUACGACCGAGAGACUGCGUACUCUUAAAAAGUGGUCCAAGAAAGGCUGAUUUACCCUAUGUUGCGAAAAUUGCAGCACUUUGGGAAAAUCCUGAUGAUGGAGAAAUGAUGUUCUCAUUACUCUGGUAUUAUCGACCAGAACAUACCGAACAGGGUCGGACCGAUUACGAUACUGAGGAUGAGGUAUUUGCCUCUCGUCACCGCGAUGCCAACAGUGUUGCUUGCAUAGAGGAUAAAUGUUAUAUUCUAACAUUCAACGAGUAUUGUCGAUAUCGCAAGGAUUUACGGAGAACGGAGGAAGGCUUAGAGUCUCCGGGAUUAAUUGUUCCACCGGGGGAUCAUCGAUACCCCCGAAAAUCCAGGCAGCCCCCGAUUCCCGUGCCCUCCGAUAUGGUACUCUUCUGUCGACGGGUUUAUGAUUAUCGUGGAAAAAAACUCGUUAAAAAUCCCGGAUGACUCGACAUUGUAAAUUAGCCCGACAAUGGGGAUCAAUAAGGGAGAUUACACAAGAGCACAAAGAAUUAAAAUGAGAAAAGCCUGCAACAACUAAAA